AUGUCUGAUCCAGAUACCGUAAUUGAAAAACAAGCCGUAGAUAAUCAACAAGAUAGUAGAGGCGCAGCGGCACAACCAACGAAGACAGAACCUCCACCAUCAACAAUUCUGAAAGUUGUAAUCAGCGAGACUGAAGACGAAGCCAACAUCCCGAGUACUCAACGAAUUCAGCACAUCAAGACGAGAUACUCGGAGGUGAUAGGGCUACCCGCUGCAGGUCUCACUGUGCAUCAAGAGAUUCUACUGAGGCAGCUAAAGUUCAGAGUGGAGAGCAUCACCCACAUUUAUAAGGAGCUCACCACCACGAUCAUGAAUGACGAGGACGUCACCGUGGAAGAGCUGGAUGGACAGAAAGAAAUCCUUGAGACCUACUGGGCAGAGUUUCUUUCACAGCAGGGAGGCAUAAUCGAAUAUCUCCCUCACGAUCAUCCCUACUUGACUGAAGGAAUCUUCGAACAGACAGCUGCCACAAAGGAGCAAAGUAUAAAGCUCAUCAGUAAGCUGAAAGGUCGGUUGUCGAAGAAAACUAAACCAGCAAGCAAUUCACCAGGCCAAGAACACCCAGACAAGCUCAAAAGUCUGGAUUUGAAGGCUUUCGACGGUACCCCAUCCCAGUGGAAGGAAUUCAGAGAUCUCUUCACCUCGCUGGUCGGUAGCAAAUCAACAAUCGCACCAGUGGAGAAGUUGAUUAGGCUCAAAAGCAGCCUCAGAGGACCUCCAGCUACUCUCAUAUCGACAUUGGACAUCAACGACCAGAAUUUUGAAAAGGCUUGGCAGAAGCUCAAGGCGAAAUACAAUGAUCCAAGAUUGGUAGCUCAGUACCUGUUCAAUCGAAUACUGGAGCUACCAAAAAUCACCAAGGCAACUCAGGAGAAACUCAACGACAACACAGCAGCAGCAGUCGAGUCGCUAGACCAGCUACGAGAGGUAGUCGGUCUCUCAGAUGCGAACUUGAUUGAACAGAUGAUCGCCCACCUGCUGAGGAGAUCAUUAGAUGCAGCAACCUUCAAGCAGUGGGAAUUGAAACUGGGAGACUCCAGAGACUUUCCCAGUCUGAAGGAAUUCGUCGGAUUCGUCAAAGCCUGUGGCAGAGGAAUCGACGCAAGAUCAGAGCUUCAUGCAACACAGGAAAACAACAUCGCCGAGAGGAAAUCACUAAAGAAGAAGAAGAGCUCUUACGCAGCAGCUACUCAACAAGACAGCAACGCUGAGAGGCUUCUUCCGAGAAACUGUUGUGCCAUGUGUAAGGAAAAAAACUUUAUCGCUGAGUACCAGAAAUUCAGGGAGUUGCCCCCAGUAAAGAGGAACAGCGUGGUCAUAAGCAAUGGCCUCUGCUUCAGCUGUCUGGGACCUCACCGAAAGACGAAGUGUUUCUCAACGAAAAGAUGUCAACAAUGUCAGGGCAACCACCACACUUUAAUUCAUGGAGGAAGCGAGUACACCAACGCUCCACCACGAACUCGACGUGACUUGGAAUCAACAGAUGUCCCUGCAUCAGCAAAAGUCGAUCCAGGGCAGAGUACAGACAAGAUCACGACUCGACCCAGUACAUCAACGGCAACUGUCAACCUCAACAAUCAGCGGACCAGUGAGAAUGCAGAAACAACUCAACAAGAAGCAGAUCAACAAUCAGUGCUGUUAGCAACAGCGCAAGUCAAAAAACUCACAGUAAUCCUGCCAUCAUUCUCCUGUGAAUCAGUCGACAUCGGCUCACUAGAAAAUCUUCAACUAGCUGAUCAACAGUAUCUCCAGCCUGGACCAAUAGAUAUAAUAAUAGGGGCUGACAACUACGGGCAGAUAAUUAAAGAAGAAGUUGUCAAGUCUAAACAGUCAAGAUUAGUUGGCCAACGCACAGCAUUUGGUUGGAUAUUAUCAGGUCCAAUCAACUGCUCCAGUCGCUCAACGAGGGUCUCCCUAUCAGCUGUACGGGAAUCUUCAAAUGAACGACUACUAGAGCUUCUACAAAGGUUUUGGGUCCAGGAAGAAUUACCAGUCCAACGUUCAGACAACUCAGAGCUAUCACCAGACGAGCUGGAGUGUGAAAAACACUUCAGAUCAACACACAGCAGAGAUUCAACAGGGCGUUACAUUGAAUAUGCCCAGCUCUACAAGGAUUUCAUCAACGAAUACGAGGCUUUGGGACAUAUGCAGAGAGCACCCGAUUCUCCAGAACCUACCCCAGCCUAUUAUCUGCCACACCACGGGGUUCUGAGAGAAGAGGCCAUCACCACAAAGCUGAGAGUCGUUUUCAACGGCUCCAGUCCCAGCUCAUCAUGUAUGUCACUCAAUGAUAUAUUAUAUCCUGGUGGAAAAUUGCAGAUCAACGCCAUGGACGUCUUGACAUGGAUGAGAAAGCACAGACUCGUGUUUGGCACCGACAUCGUCAAGAUGUUCAGACAGAUACGAGUUCACAGGGAUGAUUGGGACCUCCAGAGAAUUUUGUGGAUUGAUGAUAAUCAGCAACAAAUCUCCUAUCAGCUAACCACAGUCAACUACGCGGAGGAUGAGGGUCACCGCUUCCCAGCAGCCGUCGAGACAAUCACCAGAGGUCGGUAUGUUGACGACAUCUACGGCGGAGCUGAGUCAGCAGCAGAACUCAAGGAGAUAGUCUGGCAACUACAAGGACUCUGUCAGGCUGGAGGCUUCGCUCUUCAGAAAUGGAGCAGCAAUUGCCCACGGCUAUUGCACGAGCUCGGAUUAUCAAUAGAGGAAGCCGUAAUCCAGUUUGAAGAAUCAGUAACCAAAGUUCUUGGAAUGUGUUGGCAUCAGUCGUCCGACACAUUCAGGUACAAAUCCAUAGACUUCAACACACAGACGAUCACCAAGAGGGUUGUAUUUUCAGAGAUAGCUCAGAUCUUCGAUCCUUUGGGCUUCAUCGCUCCAGUCGUCGUAAAAGGAAAAAUUCUCAUGCAGGAUCUCUGGAAACUCAAAUAUGCUUCAACCGUAGCUAUGAGUGCAGUGGUAUACAUACGCACCAAGAACAUCAACGAGCCAGCUUCAACAGUGAUGGUCUGUGCGAAGACAAAGGUAGCACCGAUCAAGCAGCGAUCAUGA